AUGGAACCCUAUGACCCCUGGGACUUCUACCAAGAAACCUCGUUGACCCCCUUCUCAAUCGUCGACUCUCUACUGGGAUGCUCAGCCUGCCGCCAGGGCUUUGGUAGAGGCAACACAAAGUCUAACCAGAAUCUCAAAGCCAGUUAUAACAAUGGCGCUCAGUCUCCCUCCUCUCAACAGCCUCCGAUGCCUCCUUUAGUCAACUCGCCCAGCAUAUCGUCCACUUACAGUCAAGACGUGGCCUACAACGAGCACGAGCCUAAGAAGUUCCUCAAUGAGAAAUAUGCAAAGUGUUCAGUCAAAGGCAACUUCUUGACAUUGGCCGCGCAACCCAAGAAUGUCGAUCUUGGGGAGUGGCUCGCCCACCAACUGGUGGAGAUGAAUAGACUGCUGGCUGGCAUGAUCCAAGUUAUACAGGAGGUCGAUACCAACACCGGCAUGGCCCUGUGCAAUGAAGUCACCUGUCCGACUAUGUCCGCUGGACGGCUCACAUAUACCUGGCUGGAGAACGGCCGCCCGGCCAAGAUCCCCGCCCCAUCUUAUAUCGUCAGGGUUCAGCGAUGGAUAGUCGGGAAGAUUCACGAUCCCCAUGUCUUUCCCACAGACCCACCCAAAGAUGUUCAGUCGACAGCCUUUGCCUCUGGUGACACUCAAGUACCGCCUACACCGACUUCGGCUCAGAUACCCAUAGCAGCUCCCCCAACCAACCUCAACCAAUCGAUGAAUACGCUCGCUGGCGGCUCUCAGGAUUGGAUUGGCAAGCCUUCCAACUUCCCUCAGAACUUCCAUCAGGACGUGAAAAGCAUCAUCAAGCAGAUGUUCCGUUGCUAUGCCCACUUGUACCACUGUCAUUGGGACAAUCCAUUCUGGCACAUCAACCGCCACCUCGAGCUGAACAGCUGCUUUGUUCACUUCAUGACUGUCGCCAUGUACUACGACCUGCUCCCCAAAAAGGACAUGGAGCCGCUGCAGGGUCUGGUUGACAUUUUCAUUCAGCAAGGCGUCAUCCCACGGGAGGCCGCAUCGACACACCAGACUUGA